AUGCCGGUAGCUAGCUCGCGGAGCUAAAUUGGGAGCGUAUGUAAUAUAUUGAUCACGUGACCGUCUAUUAUUUACUGCAUGAAAUCGGCCAUCUUCGCAAGCCUGGACGUUUAUAGUGGAAUUUCCAAGACCAAGACUGGAUUUUUUUUCUAAUUUUCUCUGAGUGAAAGUAAGAUAUUUUAUCAUGGGGAAUUGUCAUACAGUUGGCCCGAAUGAAGCGCUCGUUGUUUCAGGUGGGUGUUGUGGAGCAUCCGAAAAGAAGUAUGUGAUGGGAGGCUGGGCCUGGGCUUGGUGCCUUGUUACAGAUGUGCAAAGAUUAUCAUUAGAAGUAAUGACCCUGAAUCCCCGAUGUGAGAGUGUUGAGACCUCUAAGGGUGUACCUCUGACAGUGACUGGUGUAGCACAAGUCAAAGUGAUGACAGAAGAAGGUCUACUGGCUCAAGCUUGUGAACAGUUUAUUGGCAGGUCUACCACUGAGAUUGAGAUGGUUGUUCUUCAGACUCUAGAAGGUCAUCUUCGUGCAAUUCUUGGUACCCUAACAGUAGAAGAGAUCUAUCGAGACAGGGAUCAAUUUGCCAGCCUUGUGAGAGAGGUAGCCUCACCAGAUGUUGGACGUAUGGGUCUAGAGAUUGUCAGUUUCACCAUCAAAGAUGUCUAUGAUAAUGUAGAUUACUUGGACUCAUUGGGUAAGACACAGACUGCUGCAGUCAAGAGAGAUGCUGAUAUUGGUGUAGCCGAGGCAGAGAGAGAUGCUGGUAUCAGGGAAGCUGAAUGCGAGAAGUCAAUGAUGGAUAUCAAAUUUGAUGCUGAUACGAAGGUUGCUGAUUCACAACGCCAGUAUGAAAUGCUGAAAGCUGGUUAUGAAGCCGAGGUUAAUACAAAGAAAGCUCAAUCAGAGUUGGCUUACUCUCUUCAAGGAGCCAAAGAGAAGCAGAAGAUCAGGAGUGAGGAGGUUCAGAUCGAGGUCGUCGAACGUCGCAAACAGAUCGACGUUGAGGCCAAAGAAAUUGAGAGGAAAGAGAGAGAAUUGAUUGCAACCAUCAAGAGACCUGCUGAGGCUGAGUCAUUUAAAGUGGAGACCCUUGCUGAUGGUCAAAGGAUGAAGACUGUGCUAGCUGCUAAAGGUGAUGCUGAGAAGAUCAGGAAUGUAGGAGGUGCUGAAGCUUCAGCCAUUGAAGCUAUUGGUAAGGCUGAAGCAGAGAUGAUGAGGAUGAAAGCAGCAGCCUACAAACAAUAUGGAGAUGCUGCCAUGAUGAGCUUAGUCCUUGAAGCACUGCCCAAGAUUGCAGCCGAGGUCUCUGCACCUCUCUCCAAGACAAGUGAUAUUGUUUUGUUGGGUGAUGACCGUACAACAAGCGAGCUUACCAGGCUUCUAGGUUCCCUCCCUCCUGCAGUCCAAGCUCUCACUGGUACAGAUAUCUCAAAGGCGCUUUCUCAAAUCCCGGGAGCACGAUAAAAAGAUGGCAAUCAAGUGUGGCAGCAGCAACAGUGAGUGGAAACAGCAAAGGUAGCUUUCAAUCAUCUAAACCAUAGCUCAUUAAGAGACUGGGACACAAAACAUUUUGAAGUGAAAUCAGGUGUUUCACAAAGAUAUAAGUUUGACUUAAAUUCCUAGGUGUUCGAUAUAUAACACAUCAGAUCAUGCUCCAAAGAUGGAUAUACGAUGGAUGUGUUGGCAUUUACACGUAAGUAUUAGUUUUAAGUCAUGCUUAACAUUUUGUGAAACACCCUUCAGGAUUUGAGAUCUAAACGGGUUUCUCCAGGUGAACAUGUACAUAACUACCCACCGUAUUAAAUUUGCAAGGCCUACACUAUAGCUUUUAAUGAAAGGAAAACAGAAAUGUAAUACAUUUAUGCAUAAACACUCAUCAUUGGUGUGUGGUGGUGAUGCAUAAUGAUGUAUGUCAAUAUAUAGUCUGUCAAUAGACACAUCUUGCUUUUUUUCAAGAAAUUUCACUUCUGCCCUUCGCAUACAACAAAGUGAAACGGCAUGAUGGCACCAUAAACGAUCUACACGUAGUUUGUUUCUUUAAUAUACACUAAUUGUGUACAUAUUUUAUAUUGUUAUUUUUUCCCUAUUAUAUUUUAGACUUGUAUAUGAAAUACUUGUCAUAAGAUAAGAUUUUGCCCCAAAUCCAUAUAAUACUGAUAUGAAUAAAGCUAUGUGUGCAUGGUCAUGAAUAGAGCUUCAAUAUGGGAACUAUAUCUGUUAACCAGCUAUCAAAUAAUAUCCUCUCAUGACCCUUCAAUUCAGGUGAUUUCAGACUUGUAAAUAAUAACAUAUUUUAUCCAUUUCUUGUGUAUUUGUAAGUAUAUUUCUAUGUUUUACAUAAUGGUCUCUAGUGAUGAUUGUAGGAUGUUUUUAUAUGGCCUGCUGCUACAUUUUGUACAAUUUGAUUAGAGUUCAUUGUACUGUGAGAUGUAAUAUUUCCUGUGGAUUAGACAUUGAGGCACAGUCUUUGAAUUUUGCAUGCAUUCAUCAUGCCUCUGUAUAGCUACAAGAACAAACAAACAAUUCCUAUUCAGCAUUAUUGAUAGAGUUAGGUUGAAGGUACAUCCUAGAGUUACAGAGAACUGUUAUUUUGGGACCCUCGGCUUAUGAAGAACUGCAAUUUGUUCAGCCCAUCCAAAUAUUGACAGUCAUUUGUAUGCAUACAUCCUUUAUUACAAAGGAUACUCUUAGUACUUGAUGAAAACUUGUGUAUGGAGUAUUUUUGGACCAGUCACCAUGCUCCUUUGAAAAAAAAAAUAAUGAAAAAUGGACAGUGAAUAAGUCUCCUAGAUGAUAUUGAUGGGUUUUAGCAGUUGGGAUUGAUUAGAUCGAUCAAAGUUCUUAGUAAGACGGGGCCCUUAUUCACUUUUUAUGCAAAUUAAACUGCCAAAUGCGAUGUAUAAUUGUAAGGAAGUCCUAUGCUGCGUUAUCUUUUCCCUUUGAUUAUAUUGGUCAGUAAAAUUUGGGAUAAAAAUUUAUAAAGACAUGCUCCAAGACAACACUUUUCCCUUCAGUGACCACAUUUCCCAUCCAUUCUACUUCAUAUUCAUGAUAUGAAAAUUGUGUUUUUGAAUUGGUUUAAAAACAAAAAAUAAAAACAAUUGAAAUAUUCAAAAUUUCAAAUGAAAUUUUGAAAAAUGUAUUCAAGCUAGAAUUUACUUCUAAAUAUAAGGCUCAAAUUUUAAAGUUGAAUAACCAGGUUUUCAUAGUAUAUGACUGGGAUUACGCACAAAUGUGAAGGACGUAAUACCAAAGCUUUCGCAAGUUUGAGUGUUGGCUUUGUUUAUGCAAUAUUGUGUGGACCAAGUUGAAGAUAGAUGUUCAAAAGUUGUAAUGUUAUCUGGUCUGAUAGUCUUUUGAUGUGAGUGAAAUGUUGAGCAGCUUGCCAAUUUUGAUUUGUGAUCUCAGUUUCCUGACCUUCAAGGGUAUUCUAUUCCAUUACCAAUGUUUCUCUCAACUUUAUAUAUCUUUGAAUAUCAAUAAUCAUGUUUUAUUCCUGUUCUUUCAAUGUUUGCUCCCCAAUAAAUUCUGAUUUAAACUUAUUCUAUGUGGGGGGAUUGUAGAUACAGCUACCAUCAAUAAUAAUUGUCAGUUAUUCUGCAGUUGUGCUAAUGAAAGGGACUCCUGACUGAACAGAUUUUAUCUUUUUAUUAAAAUUAACACACUAUCAGUAGGUUUAGAAUCUGUUUUGUUAGUACAACUGUUGUGACAGGGUAUCAUGUAGCUUAGGUAAUUUAGUUCAUUUUAGGUUUAAAAAGAUACAUAUUCAUCUUUUAUAUAUUCAUUUAUUUGAUCAGAGGCUUAUAUGUAAAGCAAGUGAAAGUACUUCUGCCCAUUAAAUCUAAAGCUAGCAACAAAAUAUUCAGCUUCAAUUGUAAUAAAGAAGUACUAUUAAAAGGCAGUUACUCCUUUUGUAUACUUUAGCAAGCUCCACUUAACUGGAGUGUUUAGUAUAUCUUGUAUAUCAUUAGGAUAUUGUGUGUCAAUUUGCUGACAAAAGCUCCAUGUAUGAAAAUGAAAUCAAAAUCAAACUUUGUUUAUAUGCCUUGUUUAUAAAGAACAUACAUGAAUUUUGACUUAAGAUAAUUAUUGGUUCUCUAGAAUCCCAAACUAUUUGAAUGAUGUCAUUGAAUAUCACUAAAUGAAAGUACAAUCAACUUUCAAUCAUUUUACAUAAUGAGGUGCUGCUCAUUUCCAUGUAGCCAUGACUUUGUCUUGAAUUUAGAUGUUUAAUUUUUUAUUUAUUGUAAUAUUAUAAUUUUCAUGUGUAGAUUAUAUAUAAAAUGUACAUCAUAUUUUCUGUUGUGUUUCUCUUUACAUUUUAUUAGCCGACCCCCAAUUUUGAAUUAUGAUUUUUACUGACAGUACCUACAUGUACAUGUAUGCAUUUUUACUAGCUUCACAUGAAAAUAAACACUCUUUGAAAAUUAUGUUACAUAUUAAAAAGAUUUAUGGUGGGUUUUUUGUGUUUGUUAGUGGGGUGUAGUUGAUACAGAUUAAAUCUAUUUAUAUUUACUGUAUUUAAUCCAUGUAUAGUAUUGAUGGUGAGUUGUUUGAUAGAGACAUGCAUAUUUCAUUGACAAGUUCAUGGAUGAUAUUGGGUAAUUCAUACAAAUUUAUGCCUCAUUUCUGUUAUCUUUGCCUUACUUCCGACCAUUCUGAUAUCUAGUUAUUAAGCCACAAAGGUAUUGACUUUGUGUGCAUUAUGAUCUUUAAUAUACCUUUCUCGGAGAUCUUUGAUCAUGAAAUAUGACACAUCUACAGGUAGGCCCUGUUGCAUGAAUCUUCAUUUGAUUAUAACUUUAAUUAAUUGUUACUUUCAUGGUAAUAGGGCUGAACAGCCAAUUAAAAUCAAGAUUUCUGUCGUAAUUAUCGAUGGUAAAGUUACCCAUAUUUUGAUUUUUCAUGCAACAUGACCCAGGUAUGUAUAAAAACAACUCUUGACUUGAAGGGAAAUAAUUUUAUCAGAAAGAAUGUCUUUCAUACUACUCUUGUAUUACUUAUCCUGUAUUUUUAAUGAAUCAAAUAUAGCCCUUGUUUUGAUAGCAAAGGAAACUGGUAACUUACUGUACCUGAAUGUAAUCUUGCGUAAUAAUCAUCACCAUCAUUGUGUAUAUUGUACAUACAGUAUAUACAUGUCAGUAAUACAUGUAGUUGUAUUUGGUGUGUUAAGUGUCAUAAUCUAGUACAUGUUUUAUAACAUGAAAACCUUACAAACACGUUUGUAGAAAGGUAUAAACUCUUUGUGACUUGUUUAGAUUUUAGAUGUCGGUAAGUUUUUGAGUAUUUAAGUUCUCAAUUUAUGCAAAAACAGAUUGCAUACAUGUUAGUUGAUUAAUUUACAGGAACCAAUGUUAUUACUGUGUGACAAAUGCUGAUUGUAUUUUUAUGGAUCAAAUCUUGUGUGAAACUAAAACGUGAUUAAUUGAUAUUUGUACCACUAAAAUGUCAGUUGAAAGUAACAAAGUAUGAAAUCCCAUGUAGGUCUGUAGUUCAUGUGCAUGGUGAACAUGUCAGUCAUAAGUUUACUGGCUAAUAGCACAUUGACAUAAUCACUAUUUCAUGUACUCAACUAAUGGACUUGAGAACAUACUCUAUUCCAGCUUGUUAUACUGAAUGGCCAUGGAAUCAAGAGGUUGGUUUCUAUCACACAAAUGAUUUUAGAUUGGUACUCGAUAUACAUGUACAUGUAUUUCCAAGACAUUUGAUUUUACAAAUUUUUUAACAACUCCCACAAAUUACAUAUUGAUAAAGACCCCUAGCCACACUCCUUGGUCCUGUGAUAUGAAACUUAGCAAUUGUUCAGAUGAUGCUCUUUAUGAUGAUCAAUCAUAUUCAAUACUCCAUGUAAUCAAUGGUAGAAAUCAGUCCUUUGACAGUCACUAAGCUUCAUCCCUUGGAGAGCUUUUUAAUUUUUUUAAUUACAUAUGAUGGUAUUGUAUGGCAGCAUCAUCCAACAAUCAUGUGCAUGCCUCUUUGAAAAAGAGCAUUUUUCUACCCCCCCCCCCCGCUCAAAAUUGUUGGUGGAUUUCCAAGCGUGUGUGCACACCAUGCAGGCAUAUCAUCCCCAGAUUUUUUAUUUAUAUAGGGAGUUGUAACGUAUUACGGUACCCAGUGUUAUAAUAUACACAUUUUUCCAUGAAAAAUAUAAUUUCAACUGCAGGGACGUAAUCAUUCUCAUUUCAUUCUGUGAAUGGUGGUUUUACUUCAGUCUUGCAAUAUUGUGGAUUGACAGGCACGUCUUCUGGCUCUUUUCUGAAAGGCGACAUUUUUGGGGGAACAAAACUUGCCCCCAUACGUUGCCCAUCAAAGCUGUGGAGUCGGUCUUAUACUAUACUUAUUAAUUUUGGAGCACAAUAUUAUCACAACUUUUUUUUCAGUUAGUAGGGAAUAUGUAAAGGUGUGCUAUGCAUUAGUCAAUUCAGGUACAAUUAUUUCUAUCAUGUCCUAGAGCUAAGUAUACAGCAGAUGAUUCACAUAGAGUAAAUUAAAAAUGUUUUAUCUCACAAUUCAAUGAUUGUGAAAUUUGGUAAUUAGCCUAUAGAUGUUAUUAUAAUAUUCCAUGUAUGUAACUUUUUGUGUAUUUGUAUAUUCUCACGUUUCAUAUUUCGCGCCGACCUGUAAUUAAAGGUGCAUCCAGUUGAAAAAAAAUUAA